UUACACUGUGCGGUGGUCACCAAUUACUUUAACGCAAAUUCCGUAUGAUCUCUGAAUCUUGCUAAAUGAAACACUAAUCCGUUCAAUCUCACUGGGCUCACUUGCCUGUUUUACUUCGCCUCUGUCUCACGCGGCCGUACCAUGGGGAAAUCUUUGGGCGGAGCCAAUGACCUAGUUUUGUCCAAUAGCGUUCUGCGAAGGGCAGAGACUAACCUAAUUUGAACCAAUCGCUGGUAGGCAGUAUCCGCGCGUGCCAGGGCCAUGUGCUCCCUUCGAGUGCAGGAAUCGGUUUUAAGGUAGUAGGGAGAUAGAUAAUUUUGUGUUGGCAAAAACACAGACUUUCACAAUUUUUGGCGGAUUAAAUGCAAAAAUAUUGAUAAUGAUGAUUUUAAUGAUUUGUUGAAUUUCGUUUCCGGAUCCUUGAAAUUACAGAGAUUAGUCCACACCCCAAGUCGUCUACAAGGAAUUUAUUAGUAACAUUUUUAAAAUUAAAUCAGAGGGUACUGGACAUUGCAAAAGCAAUUACAUUCUUGUGUAGGUUUAGGAUUGGUUGCAGUUGUGGAGUUUGUGUGUAACCUACAGGACCCGUGAUCUUAAUCAGAUAUGUGCAUUGGUCCAUUCAUGUCGUGGUUACUAGUUUAGCUUUAUGACUGACAUUAAGGUCAACCACGUGUUCCAUCCAUUGGUUACAUUAAAAGUUAUGCAGAGGGCGAAUUGUUCAAGUCGGUGUGGUUUGGUUACAGUAAUCGACAACUCCCCCUGACUGGUUUGUUUAAGAAGGGGUGGUGCUCAUUAAUGUAGUUUUGGGCGUUUUCGGAGUUGUAGAUCAUGAAUAUUGAUCAGCCUCUCCCCCAGCGCCAAUCCCCUGUGAGCGCUGAUGUCACGAGAGUGGCCCGUGUUCGUUCCAGCUGACUCUUGCGGUGCUCGGUUGCUUCCUUGCUCGUAGCCUACAGAAAGGCAGGGAAAGAAGGUAAACGACAAAAAUAACGAGAGAGAAAGACCGAGGGAACGAGAACGACUAAGUAGGGAGAGGAAAAACGAGACCUCAACACCUAUCCUACUCAUGUUGGAUAUUAUUUGACGACGACUUUUUUUUCCUCCUAUCACCCCCCGCCCACACUUAUUUUCUCUAUUAUUGGAUUUCUAGGUACCGCUCCAUAAUCCAUUUUACUCCAUGGACAACCCUCAGGUUUGUUUGUUUUAUUUUUGUCCAGGUCAAGAAGAAAAUCAACUCGGUUUGAUGCCUAUUCUCAAUUAAACGGACAUCAUCAAGCAAGGCAUUUUGGCGAAAUCUGAGCGCUGACGUGCAACUUUGUUUAUCUCAUAGAUAGAGGCUGGGAUAAGUGAUUAACUCUUAAAGGGCACAUUGCAUUUGUUAAGGUUAUUGAAUAAAACACAUUUUUACCAUGAACAUAUUUUUGAGGACAUCAUUUUCACUUUUGAUUUUCUCAUGGAAAGUUGGAAGAGCAAUAGCAAUAGUUUAUUGUUGAUAUAAAAUUAUAUUUGUCAUGUCGAAUUGUACUAUUCUCUAGCACUUUCUUAAUGCAUAUUUAAUGCUAACAUUCGGUUUUCGAAUGAGGUAAAUAACAGUCGGUCUAGCAGUGUGUAUUCAGCUGUCCACCUUUUUAAUCGUCACGUCACUGUUGUGAACCCGCUGACAGCCAGUCAAUCGUUUUGUGGAUUAAUCGGAUAAAUUCAGCGCUCAUUCCACCGUGGGAAUCAACGACCAUCCCAAUCAUGUCUAGGCCGCUCACACAGCUCCUACCGCCUGACCUCCCGGCUGGAGCGAGCCCACAGUUCAGUACGGGUAACCUUGCGGGCAGUGUCCCGAACGGCGGACACUUGAACUCCAUGGCCAGCCUCAAGACUCUCCUACAGCUGCCCAUCAAGGUUGACCAGCGAGCGAAAGACUGCUGUGUAAUGAAAGAUAAAGACAAACCCCAGGACUCAGACGAGGAAUCCAUGAGUGGAGGUCCAGGUGGCCGGCCUUCCCAGUCGGCCUUCCUGGGGCCCCAUCUGUGGGAGCGCACGCUGCCCUGCAGCGACGGGGGCCUCUUCCAGCUUCAGUACAUGGACCUGGAGGAGUUCCUGACUGAGAACGGCAUGGCCAUGCACAACAAAGGUGGCAACGGCUCCAGCGCCAGCGCCCAGGUGCCCUCGCAGAGUUCCCUGCAGUCGGCCGUGCCCAACCAGAGCUCCCAGUGCCCGCCGUCAUCCCCUCCGCCAUGUUCUUCUUCAUCGUCCUCCAUGUCCUCCUCAUCUUCCUCCUCCUCGCUGCUGGGCCUGGACAAUGUGCCGCUGCCACCAAACGGACUGCCAGGCAUGAUGGGAGGGCCCGAGUGCCUACAUGGUGGCCAAGUUGGGCCUCCUGACCUCUCGCCCUCCUCCACCACCACCUCUCCCUGUCCCCCCGGGCCGCCAGGGGGCCCGCCGGUCACCAGUGGCACUGCUGACGUCAUGGUGAACUUUGACCCGGACCCGGCGGACGUGGCGCUGUCCAGCGUGCCGGGCCAGGAAGCCUUCGACCCCCGAAGGCACCGCUUCUCGGACGAGGAGCUCAAGCCACAGCCCAUGAUCAAGAAGGCCCGCAAGAUGCUGGUGCCAGACGAGCAGAAGGACGACAAGUACUGGAGCCGGCGCUACAAGAACAACGAGGCGGCCAAGCGCUCACGUGACGCCCGGCGCCUCAAGGAGAACCAGAUCACGGUGCGCGCCGCCUUCCUGGAGCGAGAGAACGCUGCUCUCAGACAGGAAGUGGCCGACAUGCGCAAGGAACUGGGCCGCUGCCGCAACAUUCUCAACAAGUUUGAGAGUCGACACGGAGACUUGUGAGGAGGAGGAAGAGGAGGGAGGCGGUGGAGGAGAGAGGGGUAUAAAGGCAACAUUGGCAGCCCUUUAUUUGAGGGGGUGCGCGUACGGCCUACAUAGACUUGGCGUAAGCAUAGUAUGACACCUUGAGUAAGCGUCCAUGUUGCGAGUAGCCUGCAGUGUUGCAGUGAGUGCAGCCUCCAUUUAGUGAUUCUGUGCUAUGCUGGUUUCACUUCCCGUGUCUCUUUGACGGGUAUUGUCACUUGGGCGUCGCGACGUCAUUCAGUGUUUUAUAUCAGGUGCAUUGCAGUGUUUUUCUGGGUAAUGCGCAGGGCCAUACGUGCACCCGUUCAAAUGAGGUGUUCAAAUCAUACAGAUCACAAGACAACUAAUGUUUUUAAGCUAUAGACAAGGAGACAAGCCAGGGGAAGACAGGUGUGUACUUUAUUUCUAUGACAAAACAUGUAUAUUUUUGAACUGUACUGGGCAGGGAGGGAGACGUGGGCAAACGAGAAAACAGAGGAUGAGCUACAGUAUAACUAGAAGAGGAAGAUUAGGAGAGGUGGUUCAGGACAGAAGAAAGCAAAGAGAUUUCAACAUAACUGUAUAUUUUUAUAUUUGCAAAGAUGGACAGUUCAGAGGGGAUUUCGGAAGUAAUAUUUUGUAUAUUUUAUAUAUGGGUGAGUUUAGUAUAGAGAUGGGGGCUAUUGGUAAAUGGAUUGGUAAAUGAUAUAUUUUGAACUCGUUAAGAUAGAGGGGUCAGAGGUCGUAAUUGAGAAUGUAUAAUGGUUGUAUCCAGGGAUAACAUGACGGCAAGAGAGGAGAAUUAUCUUAGUAAAUGUUUGUGGACAUAGACAGAUCGAAGACAUUGUAUAGUUUUAAUUUUGUUCUGUUAGGUUCGUUGAAGCACUUAAAAGGGAAUUCUCAAAAAUGUUCACUUCAUGUUCAUCAUCGCCAGUACCAUUAACAUGUGGAAAUGGGGCAUUGAUGUUUUGUAGUAAAAAAAGACAAGUGUUUCCAAUGAGUUCAUCAAUCAAUUAGUAGGCAAUGCCUACUCGUAAUUGGUUAAAAUCACAUGAUGCACACCGAUGAUGUCAUUGGAAACACUUUUCACAUAUGUUGAUGUUGGGGUGGUUCUGGAGAUGAUUGAAAAUUGAAAAAAUGACAAGUUUACUUUUUAAAGGGCAAUUCUUCCUCUUUUCAACCGCAUUAUCGUCAUCUCCACCAUCAAACCAGUGUUUACAUAUGUGAGAACAUCACGUUCCAAUUGUCUGUGCUUAAAAAGAUACGAAGUAAGGUCUCCCAAAAAAUGCUUCUCUUAUGACAUCACCUGCAACAAGUUUUUAGCCCAAGGGAGAGUAUUUUCUAGCUCCCCGCGUGCCCGCGAAUCUCAGUGUUUGAAAAUCACAGUUUUUAAAAUGUUGAAACUUUUGAUGUCAUUGGGGAGAACUUUUUAACUUGAUUUUUUUUCUACAAAACCUAGAAAUGCACCUUUUUCACAUACACUACACAGCCAAAUAUUUCAGCCAAACCCGUUGCUGACUGGUUUAUAAAAUCUUGCACACAGCCAUGCAAUCUCCAUAGGAUAACAUUGGCAGUAAAAUGGCCCGUACUGAAGAGCUCAGUGACUUUAAACAUGGCACCGUCAUAGGAUGCCACCUUUCCAACAAGUCAGUUAAACAAAUUUCUGCCCUGCUAGAGCUCCCCCGGUCAACUGCAACGGCUGUUAUUGUGAAGUGGAAACAUCUAGAAGCAACAACAGCUCAGCCGCGAAGUGGUAGGCCACACUAGCUCACAGAACUGGACCACCGAGUGCUGUCCUCGGUUGCAAUACUCACUCCCGAGUUCCAAACUGCCUCUGGAAGCAAUGUCAGCACAAUAACUGUUAUUCGGGAGCUUCAUGAAAUGGGGGUUUCCAUGGCCAAGCAGCCUCACACAAGCCUAAGAUCACCAUGCGCAAUGCCAAGCGUCAGCUGGAGUGGUGUAAAGCUCACCACAAUUGGACUCUGGAGCAAUGGAAACGCGUUCUCUGGAGUGAUGAAUCAUGCAUCACCAUUAGUCCAUUGGACGAAUCUGGGUUUGGUGGAUGCCAGGAGAAAGCUAACUGCCCCAAUGCAUAGUGCCAACUGUAAAGUUUGGUGGUGGAGAAGGAAUAAUGGUUUGGGGUUGUUUUUCAUGGUUCGGGCUAGGUCCCUUACUUCCAGUGAAGGGAAACUUAACGCUAUAGCAUACAAUGACAUUCUAGACAAUUCUGUGCUUCCGAAUUUGUGGCAACAGUUUGGGGAAGAACGUGACUGGCCUGCACAGAGCCCUGACCUCAACCCCAUUGAACACCUUUGGGAUGAAUUGGAACGCCGACUGUGAGCCAGGCCUAAUCGCCCCAACAUCAGUGCCUGACCUCACUAAUGCUCUGGUGACUGAAUAGAAGCAACAUCUAGUGGGCAGCCUUCCCAGAAGAGUGGAGGCUGUUAUCGCAGGAGGGACCACUCCAUAUUAAUGGCCAUGAUUUUGGAAUGAGAUGUUCGACGAGCAGGUGUCCACAUACCCUUGGCCAUGUUAUCUAUGUUGACACUGUUAUUGUGUUGGAGAUAACGACAGUGAAUUUGAGAAGUGGUGGAGUUGCCCUUUAAUUUGUUAUCUUCUCUUUGAUUCCUUUCUGGAAUUAAAUCGUUUUAAUUGUGUGUCUGGCACUGAGAGAGAGAGUGAGAGAGAGAGAGAAUAAAUGGAAAUGCUACAGUCCGUGAUCAAUCGCGAGGACAGCUGCAGCCACAUAGAUAUUUCUGAAUAAAUAUUGCUCAAAUGUGUUGCCAGGUAUUCAUGUCGAUGGGUGAAUAUGUUCGGCACAUACGCACACCGCUAACAGACAUGUCAAGCCACACAGUCAAAUAAGCUGGACCAGUGACUACAUAUGCAUUUUUACAUGAAAUGACAUGCAUGCACUCACACACACGCUCUCAAAUUAUCUCGCACACACACUUAUUUGGCCCUGAUAUAGCAAGCUGGACCUUGAAACGCAGGGCCAUGUAUGAUAGCACACAACACUUCAUCACAUUCUACAGCAUCGCUCUCUCUCUCUCUCUCUCUCUUUCUUCUGAUCCAAUUUUGAAUUGUGAAGCCGAUUUAAACUGGUUUGGAAUCGAUGGCCCAGGUUAAGUUGGCCGGGUUUAGCAUGAACCUGAGCAUGCCGACCGUUAACACACCUCACGUUUAAUUACAAUUCUUAUUAUUAUUCGUGCGGACUCUAUAUGGUGCUCAUCCUGAUCCUCCAUCUGAACACACACACACCUCAACAUAGUAACUGAACUACCAAUACCUUUUAUUUUCUUGGUUUGUUCUUUAUUUUGCGUAUCGUGUUGUAAGAGGAAAUCGUAUAUGUAGAUUGACACACAGAGGAGUAUGUCUACACCUUUCCUGAACAACUUUACCCAGUGAAACAAUACACCCUAAUGUACCAUACACAUGUACAAUUAAAUACGAAAACUGAUCUCUCACUAGAUAUGUGUGUGUAUAUGAUAUAUGCUUGAACAUGUGACUAUAGAUGUAAUAAUAUACAUGGCUUGAAUAUAUAAAUGUAGUAUAAAAUGAUUGGAAUCAUUGUCAAUUUCUCAGGUGUUCUGGGGGAUAAAAAAAAAAAAAACUCUUACGCUAAAUCUUGAUUACUGAAGUUGUUCUUUCUUUUUACGGUUUGACCAGGAUACAUUUUGGAGCUGGCCCACUUUAGCAGUACAUUUUGGUAAAAUUAGAUGGAAUUGUACUGCGUACUACCAACUCACCUUGGUAGUGAGGUUGUAAUUAUACCAGUUCUGGAUUUUAAGGUCUUUGUUGAUUUCAGACAUAGAAUUCAAUGUUCUUUUUUAUUCUUCUCUCUAUUACAGUUAUUAUUGCUAGUAUUAUCGUCGUUGUUGUCGUUGUUAUUAUCACUACUCUUGUUUCUUUUCCUUGCUACAACUUUUUAAGUGGGAAUGCAGUUCUCAUUUUUAUCUCCCUUGUAUUUUUCAAGACCAUCUUUACUCUACUUUAUUUUCCAUGAGCCUGUUCACUAUCGGCACCAUCCACUGAGACUAUCUCCAGGUGCACUGUGGGGGUUGUAGUCUUGUCCGUGUGUGUUGUAAUGUAACAAAAGCGGAAACAACCACAAACUAUGGACUUGAAGGAAGAAAAAAAAAAACCUGGAAGAAUUUGAACUACAUCUCCCAGCACAGGCUUUUAACACCACCCAUCUUUUGAUGGACGAAGAAGCAACUUUUUGAUACCUGGGACUUGUUUGCAGAAGCUUAUAAACUUUUAACAGCGGUAUUUUUCUACAUGUCUGUAUACUGUAUGAUUACUACAACUUUUUGUGGGCAUUUGUAGCCCAUCCUCACAAUGAUGGUAUGCUACUAAACGGCAUUGCGGGUAAUGUACACAGCCUAUUUCCCCUUCCCCAUGUGGAUUAUAAACUACUACAUGUUGUGACUGUUAUAAAUAAACUACAAAUCCCAUGAGCACACCACUACCCUAAUGCACCAGUAAUGUCUACUGAUCCUGCCUAUAUGGAUGCUGGGGGAUGUGGUCUGGCUUUUCCGAAAUCACCAAUAAAGAUUCAUCCUUACUCACUGAGAAA